AUGAAGAUUAAUAUUUCCUCUCCCAUUGUCUUUAACAUUCAGAACCAUAUAGAGGGGAAUUUUCAGGAAGCCCCAUGUUCUGAUAUGAACGUAACAGUACCAUCAAGAAUUGUUAAAUAUGUUAUCGAACCCGACGCCUUAAGAACCAAAUCAAGGAGGC